AUGACAGUCUACGAGCCUCGUCUCCCACCUCUCCCACUCGUCUUUGUUUGUAAGGGCGGCGAUGAAUCAUCGUCGCCUGUGCAGAUCCGGCGCUCGAGGAGCUUUUCAGGUUACGUGCCUUACGAGCUGAGCUAUGAGGAGCCUCAAGAGGCCGUAACCGUCUGGCCAGACACCGAUGACGAAGAGCUCUGGCAGGACAGAAAGGAAUCAGUUAGAUCCUACUCUGCAGGGAUGAUUGAUGCAGCUUGCGCCAGCUCGCCUGGAACCUGCGAGAUCGCACGCUCGUUGGAAUCAACCGAUGUUGAACGCAGUGGAUCGUCAAUCGAGGAUGCUGAUGCCAGAAAGCUUCAGGUCCGGGUGAGCCUAGAAGCCGCUUUGCCCAUGGCAGCUCGAGCAAAGUGUUCUGCUGGGUGCAUGCUGCCCAUUCCACAUCGAGAUGCCGGAUACGCCACCGAUGCCGUUCUUGCCACCAAUCCGCAGUCCACACCAAUGUCACGAGGCAUGAUAACUGCUCGUGCAUCACCUGUGUCUUCCACGCCGAUCGCGGCUGGCCCACACUUUUCAGUUGAUGAGCACUCCGACGCGUCAGAUGAUGAGAAAGGAUAUUCGACGUGUAAGUCCAGAGCUUCUCGGUCCAGUCGGCUGGAAGGCUCGCCAAAGGCUCUGGAUAAUUCCGAGAAUACCACCAUGAUGAUUCGGAGCCUGCCUGAGCAACUGACGCAGCGGGACCUGUUGAAUGAGCUCAACCAGUUUGGGCUCGCGGGUCUCUACGACUUUUGCUACCUGCCGCGGGACUUCAAGUCCGUGGAAAACAAGGGCUAUGCCUUUGUCAACUUUACAUCGCCAGAGACGGCCAGCAUGUUCCGCAACUCCUGGAAUCGGCGGAGCUUUCCGGCUUCUUCGGCAUUGGCCGGCCAGCAGCUUGUCAUCACGAGCGCUGACGUGCAGGGCUUGGCGUCAAACCUGAAGAAGUGGUGCGGACCUCGCCUGCGCCGGAUCCGGAACCCGGAGCUGAAGCCCUAUGUCUCCUCCGCAGCUCUGGAGACUGAGGAGCCGAGCCCUGACAGUUCACACGUGGCUGGCCACGUGGGGCACUUUGGCCACACAUCGGAGCACGCGUCGGCAGCGGUCCCUCCCUGGCGCUCGCCAGCGAGCUCGCCAGCGGGAUCUGUGUCUGCAUCUCCGGGCUCCAAGCAGGUCAUGCAGGCCAUGCGAGCGGGUGCCAUCGCCUUGCAGAAAGCGAGGGCCAUGAUGCCGGCGACGGACCUGCGACCCUUAGCCAUGCCAAAGUGUCCACAGGAACGCAAGCCGCUGCCUCACAUGCUGGGCUUGAUGAGCGUGGAAGUUAAAGACAGGAAUAGAGCAUGA